UUCAGACGUACACAUACUAACACUUUUGAGGUGUUAAAUUUGAAACAGAUGGCUUCUUCUUCUUCUCUUCUGGUCAUCAUUUUCUUUUGCAUCUCAUUCUUCUUCUUAUUGUCUGUAAAUGCAAAUGAGGUUACAGUCGGUGGAAAAUCAGGUGACUGGAAGAUCCCUCCUUCCUCUUCUUACUCAUUCAACGAAUGGGCUCAAAUGGCUCGCUUCAAAGUCGGUGACAUUCUCGUUUUCAGCUACGAAGCGGGUAAAGACUCGGUGCUUCAAGUGACAAGAGAGAGUUACGAGAAAUGCAACACCACGAGCCCGAAAGCUAGCUACAAUGAUGGGAACACCAAGGUGAAGCUUGAACAACCAGGUCCUGUCUACUUCAUCAGUGGAAAAGAGGGUCACUGUCAAAAGAGUCAGAAGCUACGCCUUGUCGUCGUCUCUCCUCGUAGCUCUGCUUUCUCUCCGGCUCCUUCUCCAUCUGACGGCCCCGCUGUUGCUCCUAGUAGUGGUGCUGCUAAGCUCACCGGCGUGUUCAGUGUUGUUGGCCUUCUUCUUGGAUUCUUGGCCUUGUUCUGAGAUAAGCUUAUUUAUUUUGUUGUAUUAAUGAAUUUUAUUCUAUUUAUUUAAUUUCGAACACGAAGGCAUGAACCUUUGUUCUCUUGCUAGUCUUGUUGUUACUAAUUUAGUAUUCACAAGAUUAAAUUAAUUUUAUUCAUAUAAUCAGAAUGGCUUUUGCACU